CCCCCCCAUCACCCCAUCUUCCGCAGAUCCAUCACCAAGCACUCUUCCUUGACUAUCCUUGAUUAUCCUUGCCGAAGCUACUGUCCAGAGAGCCUCAAAACAUGGCCGAGAUACAACCCACCCGCCGCCUGAUCCUUGCCACCGAUUUCGACGACACUUCCGUCGAGGCUGUCGAGUGGACCGUCGCCAACCUGCUGCAAAACGGCGAUGAGGUGCAUUUGGUCCACGCCGUGCAGGACGACGGUAUUAUCGAUCCAGACUUUUCUGAUAUGGGUGUCGUGGCUGUCAAUGAUGCAGAACAGCAGCGGGCUAUCCGAGCAGCCGAGCUGAACGCCAAGCAGUGGGCCGACACUCUUGAGAAUGAAAUCUUGCCGCCAAAGCGGGUCAAAGUUGUUCCGCAUGCAUUUAUCGGAGCACCCGGGCCUCUGAUUGUUGAGAAGGCAGAGACCCUCGACUGCGACUUUAUUGUCGUCGGCACCCACCGGCGUGGCCUCCUCUCAGAACUGGUCCUGGGCUCGGUCUCCAACUACUGCCUCACGCAUUCCAAGAAGCCCGUCCUCAUCGUCAGUCAACACAAGGGACAAUAGGCCAAAGCCGAUAAUGUGCUCUGGAGCCCAUCUGUUUCCCUUCGAUCGCAUGCACGUUUGAUUUGAUUUGAUUUGAUUUGAUUUGAUU